CUUCGGAGUCGUCGACACUCCGCAGCUUUGUACAAAACGUAGGUACCUCGAUCGAUUAAGAUGCAUCAUCAGCCUACCCUAGAACAACCCCCUCGAAUUCAAUCAUCUUUAUUUUCAACGCCCUCACCAUGGCUUCUUCAUUCUUAGUCGUCGGCGCCACAGGUAACACUGGCCGCAGUGUUGUUGAGACCCUCUCGAACCUCAUUAAAUCCAGCAAGACGUUCUCCAAUUAUCGCAUCCUCGCGAUCACACGAUCUUCGAACAGCUCCGUGGCAAAGGCACUCUCCAAAUUUCCCCACGUCGAGAUCAUCGAAUACACCUGGGUCGAGAUCACCGCUGAGUGGCUACGCGAACACAAUGUCGCCCGCGCUUUCAUAGCUUCACACAAUGAGCCCAACCAAUUCGCCGAAGAAUCGACGUUCCACCUUGCAGCUCUCACGGCUGGCGUCAAGUACGUCGUGCGCAUCUCCACAACAGCCGCGAAUGUGCGCCCAGACUGCCCUGCUUAUUAUCCCCGGACGCACUGGGCCAUCGAAGCCAUGCUCGACUCGCCAGGCUUUGAGAACAUGCACUGGACAUCACUGCAGCCAAACGUGUUCACAACCUUCUGGCUUGCCCCCGCUGCUGAACUGAUCAAAACCGUUCGUAAUGGCGGAAAGCAACACACAUUACGCAUAAUGGCGAGCGCUGAGGGGCCGGUCGGCGUUAUUGAUCCCCGUGACGUCGGCGUCUUUGCUGCGCAUCUCUUGAUUCAGGAUGACAUUUCUGCGCACAACAAGCGCAGAUAUGUCCUCAAUGGCCCGGAAGAUAUCACGGGCGAUGAAAUUGUCGCAAUGGUUGAGAAGCAUAUUGGUACCAAGGUUGAGGACGUGCAGUUCAAGGAUCUAUCGUUUGUGGACGAUAUGGUUGCUGCGUCGAACCAGGCAAAGAAUGUGAUAGGUUCUAUCAAGCGUGCUCCGGACUCAGCGUGGAAUGGCGAGGCAAAGGCAGAUACGACAAGCAAGGAGGUACUGGAGCUUGCAGCGCCAAAGCGAACGCCUGCUGAUGUUAUGGCGAUGUUAUUGGAGUAAAAGAUGUGGCAAUCAGACUCAAAUGAAUUAGCAUUACUACUACACUAUCCCAAAAUGCUCUG